GGCAGGGGGACCAGUCCAUUUGUGGCUAUCUCUGUGCUUUUACAAAUGGGCUUCUAGAGCAACCCCUGCAUGAGCUGGAACUGUCCAAAGUGCUGAAGAUGUCUGCCGUUGGACAUUUCUAUCCCCCCCUCAAGCAUCUACGGGCUCCAGAUUUGAGCAGAUCACCACUCUUUUUGCCAGCAGAUGUUGUCAGCCUCUUGACAUAAACCAUUCUGGGAACAAACGAAGCUGAAAUGUACGUAGUUCAGCUAGGAAAAUAAAGAGGAAUAUGGUAGAGGGAGCAUCCAUCUCUGAUUUCAACAAGUCCUACUUCUUUCUGAACAAUUCAGCCUGCACUGCAAAGUCGUUGUGCACUAAUGACUCUGAGCCUCCAACUCCCCCAUAUUUGGUGGAUGCCUGGCUGGUCCCACUCUUCUUUGCCAUCCUGAUGUUGGUUGGGCUAGUGGGCAACACUCUGGUAAUCUACGUUAUCAUCAGACACAAGCCAAUGAGGACGGUGACCAACUACUACAUUGCCAACCUGGCUACCACCGACAUCAUUUUCCUGGUGUGUUGUGUCCCCUUCACUGCAAUGCUAUAUCCACUCCCAGGCUGGAUCUUCGGAGAAUUCCUAUGUAAAUUUGUCAACUACAUCCAACAGGUCUCAGUGCAAGCCACGUGUGUCACCCUCACCGCCAUGAGUGUGGACCGGUGGUACGUGACUGUGUUUCCACUUCGAUCCCUGCGACGGCGCACGCCACGAGUUGCCGCAACUGUCAGCAUCAGCAUUUGGGUUGGUUCCUUCAUGAUCUCCGUCCCGGUGCUGAUUUACAACCAGUUGAUAGAAGGCUAUUGGUUUGGUCCACAAACCUUCUGCAGCGAGUCCUUCCCCUCUGUGUACCACAAGAGAGCCUGCAUCCUGUACAACUUUUUAGCAGUGUACCUCCUCCCUUUAUUGACCAUCUUCCUCUGUUAUAGUGCUAUGCUUUACCAGAUGGGGCACGCCACUGUGGAGCCAGCUGACAAUCACCACCAGGUACAGCAGCUGGCAGAACACUCUGAAGCUAUGCGAGCCAAGAUCUCCCGUAUGGUGGCCAUCAUAAUUGCUCUGUUCACCAUCUGCUGGGGACCGGUGCAACUUCUGAUCCUCUUCCAAGCCUUUGACUCCAGCUUUCAGCACAAUUACUAUACCUAUAAGGUGAAGGUUUGGGCUCACUGCAUGUCCUAUGCCAAUUCCUCCCUCAACCCCAUUGUCUACGCCUUCAUGGGCACUAAUUUUCGGAAGGCCUUCAAGAAAGUGUUCCCGCUGGCCUUCAAGCAGAGGGUGGGUGGUUCCAACAUCACUGGCCAGGCCAACCUCCACACUGAGAUGCAGUUUGUUUCAUCAGGGAUGUAGGCUCAAAGAAAUGUCUUUCCUAGAAAGUGUUUGCAUUCUAGUGGGUCCUACAGUGCUGUCCUAUGUUUGAGGUGAGGUGGGGAACUUGUGAUUGUUCAAAUGUCAUUGAAUUCCACUUGCCAGCAGCCCAGGUGGUGUGACCAAUGGUGAGAGAUGCCGUGAGUUGCAGUUUAGCAACAGUCCAGCCCCACAUAAGUAAGGAACUCAAGAAAUGAGAACCACAUGGCUUUCAGAAUGGCA